CUAGGCCCCAGUCGAUGGUACACACUCCAACGGUUUAGGUUUCGUGUUUGUUUUCAUUCAUGUUGAUGGUUCGAGGGUUGCUUUGGACAUGACGAGCCGCAGGACCGCUAAAAGACGGAUUACUACGCAAAUAGUGCUGUGCUGAGUGUAUUUUUGAGUGCGAACGUUGUAUAUUUUGGACUUUCAAGGACACCACCGUGGGUGCUUUUGAUAUUCAGAUGGCCGCCUAUGCCCAGUUUGGCUACUCCUAUCCGACGGCAUCGCAGUUGCUGGUAUCCGGUCAGCCGACGACGGCGACGGGCGGUUCGGGGUCGUCCCCAUCGAGCGUGGGCGGUCUUUCGCCCGGGUCCGGCCUUCCAGGGGGAGGCGCCCUGAGCCCCGGUGGCUCCUCCUCCGCUGGGGGCGGGCCCGGGACGCAAUGCUGCGAGUCUGGCCGGCCAUUGGUCACCGACCCUGUCACAGGCCAAUCGGUCUGCUCAUGUCAGUACGAUUCGGCACGACUCGCAGCGCUCCAAUACCGAAACGCCGCCACCAUGUACGGCGCCCCUUACCCCUCCACCGACCAGAACCCCUAUCCUAGUAUAGGGGUUGACAGUUCAGCUUUUUAUUCGCCACUGAGUAAUCCGUACGCGUUAAAAGAUGCCAGCGGUGCUGCGGAUAUGUCGGCGUGGACCAGUGCAGGCCUCCAACCUACCACAGGGUACUACCCUUACGACCCUGCGCUUGCUGCAUAUGGGUACGGCGCAGGGUACGAUCUGGCCGCCCGUCGGAAAAACGCGACACGAGAAUCGACGGCAACGUUAAAAGCCUGGCUGAACGAACACAAGAAGAACCCUUAUCCGACCAAAGGCGAGAAGAUCAUGUUGGCCAUCAUCACCAAGAUGACCUUGACGCAGGUGUCCACGUGGUUCGCGAACGCCAGGCGGAGGCUCAAAAAGGAGAACAAAAUGACAUGGGAGCCCAAGAACAAGACGGACGACGACGAUGACGCGCUGGUAUCCGACGGCGAUGAGAAGGACAAGGAUGAUGAUGAGAAAAGGGAUGAUACAGACAUACAUGGUAGGAUAAAAUCGGAACGCACGGGUAAAGACUUGGAUGAGGACGAUCUGACGGACGACGACCGGAAGGACGACAUCUUGGGUACGAACAUGCAUCACAUUCUCGGCAACGGGUACAGUUUGAAGCCGGAGAUGAAGUCAUCGGACUGCGGAGUACCUUUGCCUCCUUCCAAGCCGAAGAUCUGGUCCUUGGCGGACACCGCGGCCUGCAAAACGCCUCCCCCUCCCCCGUCUUCGCAAAAUCAAUGGCUUGGGGGGAACGGGUUCGCCCUCCCCAGUUCUCGAUAUGGAGGAGGCGGUUUUUUACCCAGCCACUGUCAACAGGGUUUUCCAGACGUACAAACCGACACCCCCCCACAGACACCCCCCAGCAUGAAGAUGGGCAGUGGAGUGCCCCAGGGGCAGCAGCAGCAGCAGCCCUUAGGGGCGAACAACAACACCGGAUACUCCACUGGGGGGCAGCAAGCGGGCUUCCUGGGGAGCUUCGGGAGGAUACAAUCGCCACAACGGCCGCCCCCAAAUACCUCGCAACAAGGUGGGGGCCAGAUGUCAGCUCCUUCGUCACAAGUGGAUAACGCUGGAUUCAAGCCGUUUUACAAAAGUUCCCAAAGCAUGAAUGGAGGCUUUGUCUCGCCAGUCUGAACCUGUGCUUGUCCGUCUCUUGCCUCCCAGAAUAUCAGUCGUUAGACUGGUUCGGUGCGGCCAAACGGUGUACCAGCUGUAACAUGUCGAACAAACUUCUAAGGGCAAAGUGCAAAAUACCUACAAAAAUAUACAACGUUCGUGCAACAUAUUGUGCUACCGGAUGCGCAAUUCCCUGCUGUAUAUUUUGUGUAAAUGCAUUUAUUUAUAUCUGUGAUAAAGAACUUGUUGUGGUGUAGACUUGGCAACGUCGGAACUUGUACGGCCGUCGGUUAGUGGGGAAGGAAAACGGUUUUCCUCCGACUCAAAUAUUUUUAGGACAAAUGGAAUUGUCAGUAUCUUACAUUGCGUGUUUGGAUCGAACGUAAAUUCUGAAUCAGGAUAUAUGGAAAAGAUAAAGAAUCAAUGAGGGAACUCUAAUUCCGAUUUGGAACGCGUUUAAUCUGAAUAUGCAUCACAUUGUACAAAUUCUUGGCCACUACAAAGAGUAUUGUCAGUUGCACAGUUUCGUUAUCCAAAAAUCUCGGGGCCAUUUUAAUUCUGAAAAGAUCCUUAUUAUAUUAUGAUUUUAAUCGUUGUGUGAAUAUUUUUUCGACUGCAGAAUGUCAUAGUAUUUUCGUUUAUUCACAUUAUGAUGAUUCUUCAAAAAUCUUGUACAAGGUCCAGAAUAGUAAAUUGACAACUUCCAGCCCAUACACAAUUUUUCCAGUCCUCCUUAUAAUCUAGAUAUUUACUAUUUCCAAUGGUCAAGAAUUUUUUCGAUACGGUCAAGGUGUAUAUUUAGAUUUCCGAUUGAGUUCAGAUCUGGACGAUAUAAUGUGUAAAAACGUGCCCACAGCAAUAUUUUGCACAAUCAGUUCAGUACUUUGAACGUGCUGUAUCUUCCUUGAGACACUGUCGUAGAUAAGAGUUGGACAUUGUAGAUAGGCCAUUAUUACCUCUUAAUUUGUAUAUUUCAGAACAAACUCUGUUUGUAUGUAAGUUUUAAAUGUUAGCCAGAUCUGAACUCACUCGAUCACAUUCAUUUUGAAACACCAUAUUUUUUUGUCAUCUGAGUGAAUAAUUGCGGUAGAUGUAGACGAUGAAAUGUUACAGGUUUCAUAAAUCUCCCUAUACGGAAACAGCUGUGCAAUAUAUCUAAAACCCAUUUAUUCUCAGAUGUCCAACCAAAAAAGGUGUGAUAUUUAAGAAUGAAUUCGCUUUGCAUUACAACCAGUAUCUUAACGAAAAAUAUACACCUGACCUUUUCGGAUAGAAAAAAAACCUCGAGAGAAAAUUGUUUCUUUCGUUCUGUCAGCACCUGCGUUUGUAAAAUUGUUGUCACAAAUCGAACCUAGUUAUCGUAUUUUUCAGGUUUUUACCUUAUUAUACGUUUUAAUCGUUAAAUGUUCAUUUGAUUUGAAUAUUACUUAGACAAUGUUGUGUAUAAAGAAUACCAUAUCAUGGAUCAACUUGUAAGAUUUAUUAUAUAUAUUUGAAACUAACAUUAUUUUUGUUGGCUUUCAGCCGCAGAGUUCUAUAAAUUAUUUUAUCUGUUUUGUAAAUAGAUGUAUGUAUAGAA